AUGAGGCUCGUCACGCUCUCUCCCCUCCUUCUUCUGGUAAAUGCAGUCCAUUCUUUUGAUACGCAGAGCCCAAUCGUCGACAAAAUAGCCUCAGGCUCAUUGUCCCUGCUCGGACUCCACAAAUCCCUUGUCCAAAUUGAAUCCAUUACAGGAAACGAACAUGACGUCGGCGCAUUUUUAGUUUCUUAUCUUAAGAAGCAGAAUUAUACGGUGGAAACACAAGACGUUGAUUUGGUCGAAUCUUCGUUGUUAGGGAAGAAGCGCCAGAAUGUUUUGGCAUAUAUUGGGGACAAAAGACGGACGAGGACACUUGUAACUUCGCACAUCGAUACUGUGCCGCCUUUUUGGCCAUAUGAGCGAAGAGGUGAUGAGAUCUGGGGAAGAGGAAGUGUAGAUGCGAAGGGGAGCGUCGCUGCGCAGAUUACCGCAUAUCAAGACCUAGUUUUGGAGGACAAGAUACGGGAAGGAGAUGUCGCGCUUUUGUUCGUGGUAGGCGAGGAAUCAUACGGGGCUGGUAUGAAAGAAGCUAAUAAUUUUGGUCUUUCGUGGGAGACGGUUAUCUUUGGCGAACCUACGGAACUGAAAUUGGCGGCUGGACAUAAGGGGAUCAUGAGUGUGCAUAUUACUGCGAAGGGCAAAGCGGGACAUUCGGGGUAUCCUUCAUUGGGAAGAAAUGCCAAUUCGAUGUUGAUACCUGCGCUUUAUGAAUUGGAAAGAAUCGACUUACCGUGGAGUGAAAAGUAUGGGAAUACAACCUUGAAUAUUGGGAGGAUUGACGGUGGGGUUGCAGCAAAUGUUAUUGCUGAAGAUGCCAUCGCAAAAAUUGCGAUUAGAAUUGCAGCGGGAACGCCAGAGGAGAUACAAAAGUUGGUUUUGGAUGUUGUGGAGAAGACGGGGCAAGAUUUAGAGGUCACUUUUACUCAAGGUUAUGGACCAGUGCAUUGUGAUAGUGAUGUUGAAGGGUUUGAUACCAUCACAGUUAACUACGGUACUGAUGUUCCAAACUUGGAGGGAGACCACAAGAGGUAUCUAUAUGGACCGGGAGAUAUCUUAGUCGCUCAUUCAGAUCAUGAGCAUCUCAAGAUAUCUGAUCUUGAGGAGGCUGUAAGAGGUUACAAAAAGCUCAUCGAGUACUCGCUGGCUUAG